AUAUUGAAUAGUGAGACAAAUGGCUACCAAUGGUGCCGAAGAAUAUGUGAGAUGUUUGGCCAACCAUUGAGUUGAUUAAUACCAAAAAUGUCGAUCCAGAGACCAAACCAAAUGAGUCGACUUAUAUGUGGUCCUCAACUCAUGUUAAGCCAUAUUUGUAUCCAAAUGUUGAAGAUUAUAAUCUUAUGUUUGAUGGCGCCGUCGGUUUAUGUGUCGCCACAAUUCACGCCAAUUCAAGACUACACUCAUUCCCAUCACAAUCACAGCCAAAACGAGAUAAUACUACAAGUGAUUGAUCGGAUCAGUCGGGGGUAUGAGUGCACAGACAUCAAGAGACAGGUAGUGCUGAAUGAAGAGACGUUGGUUCGCGUGACAGUCGAUGCGAUCGUUUAUCUGACAAAACCGCUGACAAACAACAGUCAAUACGAGACAACGUGGAAAGGGGUGGAACUGCUGUCAAAGAUUUUGUCCAAAUAUCAGCCCGAAAGCGAUGGCUUCCAAAUGAUGAGGAGUUCUUUGGAUCAAUUGAUUCAAAUGGAUUCAAACAUAUAUCGUCUGAGGAUCGCGUGGAUCACAGGCAAUGAGCACCGGAACGACCACUUGAAUAUCCAUUACUUUGAAAUCGAUUCAACGAAUUUGGAAAUGAAGGACGAAAUGAACAAAUUAUUGGUUUUGGACACCUCUUGGAUACCCAAGAGUUUUAUCAAACCCCUUGUGAUGCGGCGGUCAUUGGGGGUGAUAGGGUCCGAGUGGUCCAAUGUCUACUUUGACUGUGAUCUCAAGUUAUGGUUUAUCUCAUACACGGCCUUAAUAUUAGACAAUAGCCAACAAAAUAGUGGUUCAGAGAAAUCGAUUCGCGGUAUCAUUAGCGCCGACAUUGAUAUCAGUGACGCCGAUAUCAACCAAUGCGAUGCCACUCACUAUUACUACGACCAGACCUACGAUUCCGUGGUUCUCACUCUCGAGGGAACUCAUAAAUGCCACUCAGAAACAAGUCAAUGCAUAUUCACGAAAGGACAGGGAUGGUUGAGAGGUGGCUACAAGUGCCAGUGCCGUGAUGGUUAUCAUUCGGCGGUCACGAGUUUGGGUCCGAUGUUCAACGGGUCGGUCGUAGAGCAGGCCUUUGAAGACAAGACAAGAGGAAAGAAUCCAUCGUAUGACUACAUGUUCUUCUGCAAGAAGUGUGCGCUCGGGUGUGAUGUCUGUUCAGACGACUCUCCCUGUCUCUCGUCAUACAACUGGGCGUUCAGGAUAUCACUGCUCACUAUAACCGUACUGUGCAUUGCAUUUACGGUGGUGUUGGGCUGUUAUAUCUACCGGUUCCGCAAGUUGAAAGUAAUCAAGGUGGCCUCACCCAUCUUCCUCUGCAUCACUCUAUUGGGCUGUUCUAUCAUGUAUUCAGAGACGGCUGCAAUAUUCCCGGUGCUGGACGUAUGGACGUGUGUAAUGACCAAAUGGACCCGACAUUUGGGAUUUUGUGUCACAUAUUCAGCGCUAUUGCUGAAGACGUGGAGAGUUUCUCUGACAUAUAGAGUCAAAUCGGCGCAUAAACUAAAGUUAACGGACAAACAGCUGCUUCAGUGGCUAUUCCCCAUCCUUCUGGUGAUGGCCAUCUAUCUGAGCACAUGGACUAUCAGUGCGCCCCCGGAGGCUAUAUUUCUUGUUGACUGGAAUGGCCUGAAGUUCAAACAAUGCGAUUACAACUGGUGGGACCACAGCCUUGUCAUUGGCGAAUUCCUGUUCCUGUUGUGGGGAAUCAAAGUCUGUUUUAACGUUAGAAAUGCCGAGUCCUUCUUCAAUGAGGCCAAGUAUAUAACGUAUGCCAUAUACAACAUCACCCUGGUCAACAUUGCCAUGAUUUUCAUUCAUAUUCUCAUUCUUCCGAACGCCGGACCGGAUAUUAAAUACUUUUUUGGUUUCUUCUAUCGUGUGGUGAAAGGAGAGGGCGAUCUCUGGGAUAAUAGGGUCCGCGCGCGAGGAGUGACCGCCUCCUUCUCGAUCAAUGGCGUGGGUCUCGUCCACGAAGAGACCACUGACUUGUAUCAGGAGAACGAGGAGCUGAAGGAGGAGAUCCAGAAGUUGGCCUCUCAGGUGGAAGUGAUGAAGAUCUGUCAGAUGGAGUUCAAGAACCGACAUUUGCCUAAAUCGAAACACGGCGGCAACCAAACGACCGGUAACUCCAUGACCAUCACGUCUAACGUGUCGGGCACCGGCACCUCCAGUCAGAGUCCUAUCGUGAAAGCCAUUUACAGCAAAUUCGAGACCAAUGAUCCCAACUCUCAACGAAUCUCUCCCAACGCAGAGCUCAUCAGUGAAAAGGCGGCGGAAAACACGAAUAUGUGGUUAAUAGCAAGCGGUGUGGACAUGGGGUCGACCACUAUAGUGGGCGAUGCGGUCAGGGAUUACGUGACAGAAGCCAAGUAUAAGAAAGGAGUUGAAUAUGAGAAGUCGUUCUCGAAAUUCAAUUUCAUUGGUAUUGCAGACGAAGAGAUGUUGAAAUACUCGCAGACAAUCGUUUCCAGUCAAGAGCCAAAAAUUAUGGUCUCAACCGGACCGGAGAGUCGAGUGAAGCCAGAAAAGUAUGAACUCAACCAAAAUCUCACACAUUAUAUACUCAUCAAAGACGAGACCACCAAUAAAUCGGGCGUCAAUUCAUUUCUCAUUAAAUUCAUCACAUUUUUGGCCGUAAAUCAAAGUCAAGCGCUUAAAGCGAAGCAGAAGCUCAUGGAUGGACAGACAGAUGAUGACAAAGACUUGAUGUCUAUCGAGAGAAACGAAAUCCCCGUCGUUUCCAUUGUAAUGAAAGGCGGAUAUAAUAGCUCUCGACUUGUAUUACAACAAAUCAAAAACAGUUUGCCUGUCGUUGUGCUAAGAGGGUCGGGAGGUUUGGCUGAUCUGUUGGCGUUUGUUGACAACGAAAUCCGUGACCGAUGUAUGAAUGUAUGGAACGCCGAGUUUGUCGAGACAUACCUCAAGCCGGAGCUGACCAUCAAAAUCAUUGAUAUGUUUCCCAAAUUAGGGACCAAUUUAUUGCUUUGCGAUACAUUCAGGACUCGAAUUCUGGAAUCGAUUCGUGAGAGUCGUAAAGAAGAGCAAAGUUUUCUGACUGUUAUUAAUAUGUUUGACACCUUUUCCUGUAAUUUGGAGAAACUUUCCGAGUAUUUAUUGUUAGCAUUGUUUCGAUCAAAACGGCCCAAACAUCCCGAGACUGAGGUGACCCCGGCCAACGUGACCACCGCCCAGAGGAUACCCACUGAUCAGAUCACUAAAGACUUGAAUCUAUGUGUCGACUGGAGCUGUCCAGAGGUGGCCAAAGAGGAAGUGCUGCCAAAAGACCCUAAAUUCGCGUUAAGCAGUCAGAAGAAGCUGUUUGAAGACUCACUCCUACGGACCAAUUGUAUAGAUUUUGUGGAUCUGUUUUUGUCGCAAAAAUUCAAAAUCCGGACAUUCAUUACACCGAAACGUGUGAAGCGAUUGUUCCGUAAAAUUCAUUCGCGAGAGACGGUGUGUUGGGAGACAAUACUCGGCCGAUCGCCUGAUGAGAGACAGAGCAGUAAAACAUUUCUAAACCGUGAACUCAAUUGGUUGGUGGAGGCGAGCGCAGGGGUCGCCAACUUCUUGGAAGAGGAUGAGCUCGAUAUGUAUGUCACCCAACAGUUCAUGUGCUCCGAGAAAGUGGCCGAAAAGAAAUCCCUCUUAUUAUUGGUGUUGUGGGCAGUCCUCGACUUUCGUAAGGAUUUGGUCCGCAUUUUGUGGCGCCAUUGCGAUCAACCCAUUCAUAUGGCGCUGACAAUAGCCAUCUGUUACGACCGGCUGUCGUGGUAUGUCAUCGAAGAGGGCCUCAAGAAUGAGUUGAAGGAAGAGUGCCAACAGUUCGUCACAUUUGCGUCCAAUGUAUUAGACAUUUGCUAUAAAGACUCAUUCAAGAGGACGAGUCAAGUGCUCAACGAGUCGUCCAAAGAAUAUAGUUUCAAACGACCAGUGGAUUUGGCAGCUUUCGGUCGAUUUCGACAAUUCUUUACACAUCCCGCGUGUCAGAGAUGGCUAACCGAUAAAUUCUACGGAAAUAUAUCGGUUCGUGAGCUCAGGACUAAUUGCUUUCGUUUGCCAACACUCAUGAAACUGUUGCUCAGCGCCUACCUCCUGUUCCCCAUCUACUUCUGGAAACUGUUGCUCAGCGCCUACCUCCUGUUCCCCAUCUACUUCUGGGUACGACUACCGAACUAUGAGGGGGAGGCUGUGAUCGGUGAAGAGGAUUCAGACGAUGAGGACGAAGAGGUCACUAUUACCAGCCAUAGACGCAGUAAUAGUCAUCAAAAGUUAGCCAAUCAUACGAAAAAUCCUAAUGAUUUGGACACCGGUUCCGCGUCUGACGCGAGCACUGACUCCAAUGUCUUGAGUGAAGACAAGAGGACUACUGGUGCCGCGAACUCCACUCAUAAGAAAAAUACUGCAAAGAAAUCGAAAAGUAAUAUAAAACCCGAGAUUAAAAAGUUCAGUACUGAGAGCAUUAUGGAAAAGCGGGUCCUCUAUCACCGACAGCCGCCCCUAUGGCUACUGGUCUACGAGACGUGGACGGCACCCAUCACUAAGUUCUGGAACUUCCAGUUCUUCUAUACCUUAUACUUAUCCAUAUUCAGUGUGGCUGUGCUGUACCCCCGGUGCGGAAACUUUUACUUGGAUUUAUGUGUCUGUAUUUGGACGGCACUCAUC